AUGCAAAUCCCAGGAUUCCUGAACACCGGCCUCCCAGGCAAACGAUCGUGCGAUGCCCUGCGAUAUAACUCCAGCGUCGGCGUGCAGAAGAGUUUCUACCUCACCGACGAUAUCCGGCAGAUUGCCAUGACUCUCGAUUCUCAUCCUAUCGUCGAUUACCCGGACGAUGUCAUGAACGAUCCGAAUAUGAAGGUGACGGACAUUGUGGAGCAGUCGUGGGCUCGGCUCUCUGGUUCCAGUGUCUGGCUUCCGGAGCAGGGAGUGUAUUUGUCGGUGACUCGAAUCAUCUUCUGCCCAACGAGGACGAGAUCUGUGCCCAAGAUGAGUUUCCUGCGCGGACAGGUGUUCAAUCAAGAUUGGGAGCCUUUGAAUAACCACAACCUCACAUGGGAUGGCAAGGUGUUCAAUUUCCCGUUGGUGUUUGACAUACCGGCGCAGUGGGAGCAAGAUGGGAAUCUGUACGGACCUGAAGAUCCUCGAAUCAUCCUGGAAGACGGUGUCGAGGGCGCGGAACCUGUGGUCAUCUUCAACAUGAUUGGCAAACGUUCCGACUGGAAACGAGCCAUGUACAUCCUUCGUCCGUUCUCCAACCACACCACCAUUCUCACCAUCAAGGACACCGAACGUCAGUGGACGGAGAAGAACUGGGCACCAUUCUUCGUCCCCUACCAUCAACCCGCCAAACACGCCAGCAAGGGUGAGAAGGCACUGCUCAGCAACAAAGAUGUGGCAACUCCCCGAGUCGACAACGAGUACAUCCACUUUAUCUACAGUUUCAAACCACUGCAGAUUCUGAAAUGCCAUCUCCGCUGUGGCGACUGCGAGUUCGUCUACGAACAGGUUGUACCGGAGAACUUCCACAGCAAACACCGAGAAGACGGCGGCAGCUUGCGGGGCGGUACCAACUUUGUGCCGGUGCCAAUUCCAAAGCAGAUGCGUGUCGACCCCAGAGUGCAAGUUUAUGCGGCAUUCCCCCGGACGAAUAUUGAACAGCAUUGCUCGGGAUCAUUCUACCGGCCUGAAUUUGUGGUCAUGGUCAUGAUUGGAGAUCAGUUUCACUUGGCAUUCGCCAGUGAGAGUCUGGAUUUCGGAAAUGCAAUUAUCGAACUCGCACCUGAAGACGAUCGGUGUGACAAGGGCCGGAUCUUAAUCCCUAACAGUAUUGCUCAGUGGGACACGUCGAACGGGCAGGAUGUCAUGAGUGUGACGUUCAGCGUCAAUGACGAAACGGUGCAGGUUGCACGCGUGGAAGGGAUUCUCGAGUUUGUGCACCGAAUGCCUCAAUUCCAAAAUCUGCUCAGUCUGGACGGUCCCUUGAAGGGCGCAGACACGGAUUUGAUGAACAUGCUUUCCUCGUGGGUCGGAGAUGAUCUUCGCGGGUGUUUGGUUGAGGCUGCUCUCAACUACACGGAAGCUGCGCAGGAACUCACGCACCCGCACGACGAUGACCUCGAUCUGGAUCCGUCCAAGGAGCUGCUGCGUAAGAUUCACCAGGAGCAGGAUGAACUGGAAGAACUUGAAGCGUACGAGCUUUCAGAGGAAGGAAAUCUUUUCAAGACACCCGAGACGACGGACGACGCGGAAGGCAUCCCUGACCUUGAUGGUGCCGAUGGGGACGAGUUGGACGCGUUUGAGGACAUGGAUGGCGAGCCGAUCACCAAGGGUGAUGCGAAGAAGGAUAAGGACGGCAAGAAGGACGGCAAGAAGAAUAACGACGAGGACGAGAAGAAAAAGGACGGUCUCCUAGCCAAAGAGAAGGAAGAGAAUGGGGAAGCUCAAGGUGACGUUGAAGGCGAUGUUGAGCUUGAGCUUGAGGGUGAGGGUGAGGGCGAAGGCGAAGAUGCAGCUGAUGACAAGGCACGACCGAAACGAGAUUCACAUUUAAAUCGACACUCACAUCAACGUCGCAGCAUGAUGCACUCUUGA